AUGACAGCACACAAGAACGACACCAUCUCUACUGGAGUUUCAGACUUCCUCCUAAAUUGUUUUGUCAGGUAUCCCAACUGGCAGCUCUGGCUCUCCCUGCCACUCAGUCUGCUCUUCCUCCUAGCCAUGGGGGCUAAUGCUAUUCUCCUGAUCACCAUUCGAAUGGAGGCCUCUCUGCAUGAGCCCAUGUACUACUUGCUCAGCCUCCUCUCCAUGCUGGACAUUGUGCUCUGUCUCACUGUCAUCCCCAAGGUACUAGCCAUCUUCUGGUUUGAUCUCAGGCUCAUUAGCUUUCCUGCCUGCUUCCUCCAGAUGUAUAUCAUGAACAGCUUCCUUGCUAUGGAAUCUUGCACAUUCAUGAUCAUGGCCUUUGAUCGCUACAUAGCCAUCUGUCACCCACUGAGAUAUCCAUCCAUCAUCACUGACCAAUUUGUAGUCAAAGCUGCCACAUUUAUUUUGGUCAGAAAUGUCCUUAUCCCUUUGCCCAUCCCCAUUCUUUCAGCACGACUCCAUUACUGUUGGAGAAAUAUCAUUGAGAACUGCAUCUGUGCCAACAUGUCUGUCUCCCGACUCUCUUGUGAUGAUGUCACGAUCAAUCGCAUUUAUCAGUUUGCUGGAGGCUGGAUUCUACUGGGAUCUGACCUCAUCCUCAUCUUCCUCUCCUAUACCCUCAUACUAAGAGCCGUGCUGAGACUCAAGGCAGAGGGUGCUGUAGCCAAAGCCCUGAGCACAUGUGGCUCCCACUUCAUCCUCAUCCUAUUCUUUAGCACCAUUCUUUUGGUCUUUAUCCUCACACACGUAGCUAAGGGGAAGGUCUCUCCCGAAGUGCCAGUCUUGCUCAAUGUCCUCCACCAUGUCAUCCCUGCAGCCCUUAAUCCCAUUGUUUAUGGGGUGAGAACCCAGGAGAUCAAGCAAGGAAUCAAGAGACUACUGAAGAAGGGGCCAGCUGCAGCUCUGCAUUCUUAG